GGAGGAGCGCCCGAGCCGCUCUGCGUCCUGCGGCCAGCCCGCCCCCGGGAGCCCUCUGGCAUGGCGCAGGCCGGGGAGCCGGGCCCACCUGCGGAGGACGGCGGGGACGAGAGGCCAAAGUGGGACAACAAGGCCCAGUACCUCCUCAGCUGCAUCGGGUUCGCCGUGGGGCUGGGGAACAUCUGGAGGUUUCCGUACCUGUGCCAGACCUACGGGGGAGGGGCCUUCCUCAUCCCCUACCUCAUCGCCCUGGCUUUUGAGGGGAUCCCGCUCUUCCACAUCGAGCUCGCCAUCGGCCAGCGCCUGCGGAGGGGCAGUGUCGGGGUGUGGACGGCCAUCUCUCCCUACCUUGGUGGAGUAGGCUUUGGCUGCUUCACCGUGUCCUUCCUGAUCGGCCUGUACUACAACACCGUCCUCGUGUGGGUCCUGUGGUUCUUCCUCAACUCCUUCCAACACCCUUUGCCCUGGAGCACCUGCCCGCCAGACCUCAACAGGACGGGGUUUGUGCAGGAGUGUCAGGCCAGCAGCACCGUGAGCUACUUCUGGUACCGGCAGACGCUGAACAUCACAGCCGACAUUGGCGACAGCGGCGUGGUCCAGUGGCAGCUGCUCCUCUGCCUGGUCACCUGCUGGAUGGUUGUGUACCUGUGUGUCAUCAGAGGUAUCGAGAGCACUGGGAAGGCCAUCUACUUCACCGCCUGCUUCCCCUACCUGGUCCUGACCAUCUUCCUCAUCCGAGGCCUGACCCUGCCCGGGGCCACUGAGGGCCUCACCUACCUCUUCACUCCCAAGAUGCAGACUCUCCAGAAUCCCCGGGUGUGGCUGGACGCGGCCACACAGAUUUUCUUCUCCCUCUCUCUGGCCUUCGGAGGUCACAUUGCUUUCGCAAGCUACAACCCACCCAGGAACAAUUGUGAGAAGGAUGCUGUGAUCAUCAGCCUGGUCAACAGCCUGACUUCCCUGUACGCGUCCCUCACCAUCUUCUCCAUCAUGGGGUUCAAGGCGACCACGGACUACAGGAGGUGCCUGGACAGAAACAUCCUCAGCCUCAUCGAUGAGUUUGAUUUCCCGGAGCAGAGCAUCUCCAGGGACGACUACCCAACCGUGCUCACGCACCUGAACGCCACCUGUCCAGAGAGAGUGGCCCGGCUCCACCUGAGGGCCUGCCAGCUGGAGGACUUCCUGGAUAAGAGUGCGUCAGGCCCGGGCCUGGCCUUCCUGGUCUUCACGGAGGCUGUGCUGCACAUGCCGGGCGCCUCUGCCUGGGCCGUGCUCUUCUUCGGCAUGCUCUUCACCCUGGGCCUGUCCUCCAUGUUCGGGAACAUGGAGAGUAUCAUCACGCCUCUCCUGGACAUGGGCAUCUUGCCCAGAAGAAUCCCAAAGGAGGGCCUGACGGGGCUGGUGUGCCUGGCGUGCUUCCUCUGCUCCACCUGCUUUGUGCUGCAGUCCGGAAGCUACUGGCUGGAGAUCUUCGACAACUUUGUGGCAUCUCUGAACCUGCUCAUCUUCGCCUUCUGCGAGGUGGUCGGCGUCAUCUAUGUCUACGGGAUGAAGCGGUUCUGUGAUGACAUCGAGUGGAUGACCGGCCGGCGGCCCAACCUGUACUGGCGGGUGACAUGGUGGGUGGUGAGCCCCCUCCUGCUGCUCAGCAUCUUCCUGUCCUGUGUCGUCCUCCUGGCCCAAAGGCCGCCCCGCUACAAGGCCUGGAACCCCCAAUAUGUGCAGUUCCCCUUGCGGGAGGAGAAGCUGUACCCAGGCUGGGUGCUGGCUACCUGUGUGCUCCUGGCCUUCCUGCCCAUCCUGUGGGUCCCCACCAUCGCGCUGGCCCAGCUGCUGGCCAGGCGCCGACAGAGGACGGACACACAGCCAGCCACCAGCCCGAAGCCAUAACAUGUGGGGCCUGCGGAGGGAGCGGGCUGGGGGGGGGGGGGCGCUCCUGGCGUGUGGUUGCUUAGAUCAAUACAUGUUCUCUACCACCAUGCCGUGUUCCCACUGACUCCC